ACAAGUCCAAACAAGCCUGCCUGUGUGUUUUCUGGUUUAUAUGGUGAUUAGAUGGUCAUUAUCUGUUAAAACAGGACACUCAGUACUGGUGCCAUAAAAGACCCUAAAUAUAAUCCUGUUCUUGUGUUGCCCUGUGACCUCUAGUUAAACAUUAUGAGAUAAAUGUUAGUUCAUCAAGAUUUAUUACAGGGAGGGUGUAGCUGAGUGUCUAACACACAUGUGCUUUACGACUCACAGUAUGGGUAACUGAGAAACAAAUCAUCUAAAGACAAACACAGCCCGUUAUUAAAGACGUCAAGAGCGCUCCGCUCGAUAUGCGGGGUAACUGACGUGAAGCUGCGCAUUUUCUGCUGUACUGGUUCCAUUACACUUCUGCUGAGUUCAUGUUUUGGGCUGUAACUCCACUCUUUUAGCAUCUUAAGAAGGCAGAGGAUAUCUUCAGCUGCUCUCGGCUGAAUACAGCAGAAGAAUGAAGAGAUUUGGGCGAGUUGGAUCUGAUGGGCCGGAUAGCCUUGAGCUUGAACUGACUGAUGGAGUCUCUAGUCAGUCAGUGCAGCCAAUCAUGGCUCCUCGAGUAUCCGUGACAUCAGUUAAAGAUAUGGGACGGUCAGUCGCUCACCUGGCGUCCUAUGCAAGAGGCCGCUGGAAACAUGCUGCCCGCAAGUCUGUGAGGAAGAAACCCACAGAGGAAUAUGUUGGCAGCAAGUACAAGGGUCUGGCAACAGAUGAGGAUGCUGUAGAUGGACAGAAGAAGACGGAGAUCCAGCUGAAUAAAAGGCUUCUGGAUCACUUUCGAGUUCUGGCGGCCAGCAAUAAAGACACAGAUGAGGUGGACCUGCAGUUGCUCAAUGAUGUCCUCACACAUGGAGCCGACCCAAACUCAGCAGAUAAAUACGGGCAAACGGCCCUGCAUGAGAUAUCUCGGGCGUGGAACGUGGAUGUGAUGCGUUUUUUCCUGGAAAGAGGGUCUGAUUUCCAGAGGGCUGAUGCCUUUGGAGUGACGCCUCUUCAUGUAGCUGCAGCUCUGGAUUAUGAGGAGAUGCUGCAGUUCCUGUUAGAAAGAGGAGCUGACAUUGAAGCUCGCACAUAUAAAGACAAGCAGACCCCGCUGCACUACGCUGCUAAGAAUGAUGCUGUCGGCGCAGUUAGGAUGUUACUGCAGAACGGGGCGGACAUCACUGUACGAGACUAUAAAGAGAGGACACCUCUACAGCUGGCUGCGAACUUUGAUCGAAGUGAGACCGCACGUUUGCUGCUGGGGUUUGGAGCAGAUGCUGGGGUGCAGGACUCAGAUGGACAGCUCUGCAUUACUGCCAUGAUUACUAAGAUGAGCCCUGUGGCUGAUCUGGCAAUGAAUCAGUUCCAUAUGAAAGACCGAAUGGCCCGACAACAGUUCUACUACCUUCAUCUAAUGGAGCCGAAACCGGAUGACAAGACAAACCCCAAAGGUCCUGAUCCGUCAUCACCGCUGGAGUUUAUCGUCAAUCAGGGUAAACUGGAUCUCAUCAUGCACCCUGUAGUGCUCAAACUCAUCACUGUCAAAUGGAACUUAUAUGGCAGAUUGGGUGCCUGGAUACUCCUGCUUUUCAACUUCCUGUUUAUCAUCUCCUGGACAACAGUAGCCAUAUCUGUAUCAGUACGUCCGGAUGGAGAUCGGUACAAUCUUCCUCAGGACUGGUGGCGUGUGCUGCUGGUGGUUCUGGCACUAGUGCUGACGGUGACCGAGGUGUACAGGGAAGUGAUGGAGAUCGUGCGAUCUCGGAGGAAACUCAAGCACUGGCAGCGCUGGACUGUGCAGAAACUCAAUGAGGACUUGAGCUGCUCUCACCCCAUGUGGCCUGAGGAGCGCAAUUAUUUAGAAGGCCAAAUUAAGUAUAUUCGAAACCUGGAAGGAACCUACACUCAAGACCCCUGGAAUAUCUUUGAUUGGCUAGUGUAUUUGCUGCUGCUGACCGUUCUGGGCAUCCAUUUGACAGAUGUAUUUCUAGUGUCUGACACACUUCGACAGAACAGUCUUCGCUUCUUCGCAGUGUCCAUUAUUUUCCUGUGGUUAAGGCUAAUGAAGCAUGUCCGAGCUUUUAGAGCUAUGGGUCCCUUCAUUGUCAUGCUGGGGAAGAUUGCAGGAGACGUGCUGCGAUUCCUUUUUCUCUAUAUAGAGAUCUACAUUCCAUAUGCCUGUGCUUUCUGGAUCAUAUUUGGAGGUAUAGCUGAGGUGCCAAGUAUGCAGACGGUUCCUGAGCUGCUGUACAGCCUCUACCGCAUCACCCUCGUGGAUGAGUAUGAGUUUGAUGCCAUGCUGGAUGUGGACGCAGUCAUGGCCUACCUUCUCUGCGGAACAUUUCUGGCCCUGUCUGCUAUUCUCUGUGUUAAUUUACUGAUUGCUCUGCUUUCUGACACCUUCCAAAGGGUCUAUGACAACGCGCUGGCCAAUGCGGUGAUGCAACAAGCAGCUAUCAUUCUGCAGAUAGAGGAAUCCAUGCCUUGUCUGAGACGUUGCUAUGACAACGAGCACAUCCACCGCCAUUGCGCGCCGCUUGGAGAAUUCUUUGAUGAUGAUGUCACCACUAACCCAGAUCAGCAUGCUGAGAUGAAGAAGCUUACGGAACAGAUCAAGGAUACUUUAGAUAAAUAUCUGAACAUCCAAAGAGAGGCAGUCUCACCUCAGUUAGCAUAUGCAGAUGCCAGAGAUGUCACAAGAAGGCGAAGUGCCACACCUCCAGAGAAAGAAGAACAUCUCAAGACUCUUCACAGACUUGAAAAAGACCAGCAGAAGCAGAGUCAGGACCUGAGUGAGCUGAAGGCUGAAGUGAAGGAACUCCACAGUUUGCUGCUCAAUCUGAUCCAGCCCAAGACAAACUCAACCUCACCCACUGAUAAGGACAAGACACUCAGUGACAAAGCAACCUAAACCGGACAACAAAACCUCUGAAGCUGAUCAGUGAAAUACAGAAAUUAACACUGAAUCCAUCAGGAGCAAGACUGGGAAAGGACUUCUGUGCAGCAUGUCAUACAUGAUUUUGUGACCUAGAAUUGUUUUAUUAUUUUUAUGAUUUUUUUUCUUAAGUUAUGCAUUGUACCAAGUUACUGUAACAAUAUAGGUUUGCAUCUGUGUAUAUUAAAGUGAGUUUAUCUUAA